AUGGCAUUGCCUCUCCCGCCGGGCCUGACGCCCCCGGAAAUUGCUUUUCUGUGCGAAAUGGAGCUCGUCACAGUGAUACCACGUCAAAAACUCGAGGGACUUGAGCUUCUUGGAGGACCCGUGGGACCUCUCAAUCCACCUCAUAGAGCAAAUAUCCCCCUCUGGCUUGCCCUCUUGCUGAAGCGCCAACGCCGUGCCAAUAUCCUCCCGCCAGCCUGGCUCAAUACACACUCUCUUACCGCUAUCCUCGACCACGAAACAGACCAUGCGGAGACAUUCUCUCCUCCUCCACGAUUACCCCCACAGCCUUCGCAGAAUACGUUUCCCAUCUCGCCACCGUUCCUAUCGAAUUCGACGGUAGAUGCGGCCCCAGACGCCCUACCAUAUCACUGGCUUGAGCUAGGCGAAAUGCUGCUAGAGGCAGCCUCUGACGACUUUGAAGAGCCGGAUAAUGUACGGAAACUGCUGAGAGGGCUGCGGGAAGUGCGAAUGGCAAAGCUGAGAAGUGGUGUUGAGGUGCUGGACGCGGGAGGUGGAUUCAAGAUGAACGGUAUUGGAGGCAUGGAAGUAGGCGAGGGUAGAUCAUUCAUCACGGGUGUCAUUGAUGGAUUAAGGCAUGUCUAUCCACUGGAACUACUAAAGAUUUCGGCUUCACGAGAACAGCAGCGCAAAGACCGAGACCGAGAAGAGAUGGAUUCGGGCGCGGCUGAUUACGACGAUGACGAGAUGGACAUGCAAUGA